GCCCAGUCCCACCCGUUUCCCCCAUCCCCUCGUUUAUAAUCCCCAAAGAGGGAAAAAUUAAAAAAUAAAAUUGAAAAAUUAAAAUGAGCCAAACAUAGCUCAUCGGGAACGCAGCAUUUACAUUACUGCUACUACUACCACUAGAUUUUCAAAAACCCCUGCCUCUUUUUGGAUUUUAUUUUUUUGAGCUUUUAUUCAUUUUUUCCCCAAUUUGUUUGGGGCGAUGGGGGAGCAGAAGAGUAGCAACAAUAACCGGUGGAACUGGGAGGUGAGUGGCUUCGAGCCACGGCGGACGUCGCCGUCGUCUCCGGAGGACCUACCUAGGGCCAGUGUUGCGCCGUUGAUGCGACGGUACUCGAUCUCGGCUGCCUCCUCGUUGGCUUCGCCGUUUUCUUCGGAAUUUUCUAAGCAGGCUUUGGCUUCUAAGGUGCUCCGAUUGAAGGAUAAAGUUAAGCUUGCAAAAGAAGACUACUUGGAGUUGCGACAGGAAGUUAAUGAUCUGCAGGAAUAUUCAAAUGCUAAACUCGAUCGAGUUACACGUUACCUAGGUGUUCUUGCCGAUAAAACUCGUAAACUAGAUCAAUUUGCCCUUGAAAGUGAGGCUAGAAUAUCUCCGUUGGUCAAUGAGAAGAAAAGGUUGUUUAAUGACUUAUUGACAGCCAAAGGAAACAUAAAGUUAUUUUGUCGGACAAGACCACUUUUUGAAGAUGAAGGUCCUUCAGUUGUUGAAUUUCCUGAUGAGUGUACUAUUCGUAUAAAUACUGGUGAUGAUACAAUUGCCAACCCCAAAAAAGAUUUUGAAUUUGACAGGGUUUAUGGGCCUCAUGUUGGGCAAGCUGAGCUGUUCAGUGAUGUUCAACCAUUUGUGCAAUCAGCCUUGGAUGGAUAUAAUAUUUCCAUAUUUGCUUACGGACAAACUCAGUCAGGAAAGACACACACCAUGGAGGGAUCUAACCAUGAUCGUGGCUUAUAUGCUCGUUGUUUUGAGGAGCUGUUUGAUUUAGCCAACUCAGAUUUAACUUCAACAUCAAAAUUCAAUUUCUCAGUCACAGCCUUUGAUCUCUAUAAUGAACAGAUAAGGGAUUUGCUCUCAGAAUCAGGGAGUACUUUACCAAAGAUAUGUUUGGAGUUACCGGAAUCUUCUGUAGAACUUGUGCAGGACAAAGUUGAUAACCCGAUGGACUUCUCUAAAGUCCUGAAAGCAGCAUUUCAAAUCCGCGAAAGUGACACAUCAAAGUUCAAUGUUUCUCAUUUGAUCAUCAUGGUGCACAUAUAUUAUAGUAAUGUGAUCAGUGGAGAAAACUCAUACAGCAAACUUUCUCUGAUUGACUUGGCUGGAAGUGAUGGUCAAAUUUUAGAAGAAGAUAGCGGCGAGCGUGUGACGGACUUACUUCAUGUCAUGAAAUCACUUUCAGCGUUGGGAGAUGUUUUGUCUUCUCUGACUUCAAAGAAGGAUAAUAUUCCUUAUGAAAAUUCAAUGCUUACCAAUAUUCUUGCAGACUCGCUAGGGGGAAACUCAAAAAGUUUGAUGAUUGUUAACAUCUGUCCAAAUGCUGCAAAUCUAUCUGAGACAUUAUCAUCUCUCAAUUUUGCUGCACGAGCUCGAAAUUCUGUACUAAGCCUUGGAAAUAGGGAUACUAUUAAGAAAUGGAGAGAUGUUGUCCACAAAGGGAGAGCUGAUUCUAAAGCCAGAAGCAAUAUUAGGGCCAAUGAUGCACGCAAGGAGCUUUAUGAGAAGGAAAAGGAAAUUCAAGAUCUGAAACAAGAGGUUUUGGGACUAAAACAAGAACUUAAAGGGGCAAAUGAUCAGUGUGUCCUACUAUUCAAUGAAGUUCAGAAGGCGUGGAAAGUUUCUUUUACUCUGCAUUCAGACCUAAAGUCUGAAAAUGUUAUGCUUGAGGACAAGCAUAAAAUAGAGAAGGAACAGAAUGCACAGCUCAGAAAUCAAGUUGCUCAAUUGCUACAGUCGGAACAAGAGCAAAAACUGCAAAUGCAACAAUAUGAUUCAACGAUUCAAACAUUGCAGGCAAAAGUAAAAAGUCUUGAAUUGCAACUCAAUGAAGCCAUUCGUUCUGGUGAAGCUAAGUCCGUUAGCUCAGAAAAGGGGUCUGGAGUUUCAACAAUAUCAAAAACAGCAGGGGAUGGUAUGGAUUCUUCAGCUGUGACUAAGAAACUUGAGGAGGAACUCAAGAAACGUGAUGCUCUGAUUGAGAGGUUGCAUGAAGAAAAUGAGAAAUUAUUUGAUAGAUUGACCGAGAAAGCAUCUACGGGUGGAUCACCACAGGUGCCAAGCCCAUUUUCAAAAGGAACAGCAAACACUCAGCCUCAAGACCCUGGGAGGAAUGAUCGACGGUCCAUCGAUGUCCCUUUGCAAUUGGCCAUGGAUAAGACUGAUGGUGCAGGUGCUUUGGUUAAAGCUGGUUCUGAUAAGGUUAAAACCACACCUGCUGGAGAAUAUCUUACUGCUGCACUGAAUGACUUUGAUCCUGACCAAUAUGACAGUAUUGCUGCGAUUUCAGAUGGAGCAAACAAGCUUUUGAUGCUGGUCCUGGCAGCUGUCAUUAAAGCAGGUGCUUCUAGAGAGCAUGAAAUACUUGCCGAAAUUAGAGAUGCUGUUUUUGCUUUUAUCCGAAAAAUGGAACCAAAGAGAGUAAUGGAUACCAUGCUUGUUUCCCGUGUUAGAAUUUUAUAUAUAAGGUCUUUGCUUGCUAGAUCACCGGAGCUUCAGUCCAUCAAGGUUUCCCCUGUUGAGUGCUUUCUAGAAAAGCCUAAUUCAGGACGCAGUAGAAGUUCCAGCCGAAGUAACAGUCCUGGAAGAUCUCCUGUGCGCUAUGUUGAUGAGCAGAUCCAGGGAUUUAAAGUAAAUAUAAAGCCAGAAAAAAAAUCAAAGUUGUCUUCUGUUGUUUCAAGAAUACGUGGAUUUGAUCAGGAUACCCUGAGGCAGCAGCAGGUUACUGGUGGAAAGCUAAGAGAAAUACAAGAGGAGGCCAAAAGUUUUGCUGUUGGAAACAAGGCUCUUGCUGCUCUUUUUGUCCAUACUCCUGCUGGUGAAUUGCAGCGGCAAAUUAGGUCGUGGCUUGCAGAAAACUUUGAGUUUCUUUCUGUUACAGGGGAUGAAGCAUCUGGGGGGACCACUGGCCAGCUAGAGCUUCUUUCAACUGCUAUUAUGGAUGGUUGGAUGGCUGGGCUAGGUGCUGCACUCCCUCCUAAUACGGAUGCUCUUGGUCAGCUUUUAUCAGAGUAUGCAAAGCGGGUUUUUACUUCUCAGUUGCAGCACUUGAAGGAUAUUGCUGGAACCCUAGCAACAGAAGAGGCUGAUGAUGCUUCCCAAGUGGCAAAGUUGCGUUCAGCUCUUGAAUCUGUUGAUCACAAACGAAGAAAGAUUUUGCAACAAAUGAGAAAUGAUGCUGCGUUGCUAACAUUGGAGAAUGGUAGUUCACCCAUUCAGAACCCUUCUACUGCAGCUGAAGAUGCCCGUUUAGCUUCUCUGAUUUCUCUUGAUGGCAUCUUGAAGCAAGUCAAGGAUAUAACAAGGCAAUCUUCUGUAAGUAGCAUGGGUAGAAGUAAGAAGAAAGCAAUUAUAGCAUCACUAGAUGAGCUGGGGGAACGAAUGCCCUCCCUUCUUGACAUCGAUCAUCCAUGCGCUCAGAGGCAAAUUGCCAAUGCUCGGCGCCUGGUUGAGUCGGUUCGUGAAGAGGAUGAUCCGGCACCAGAGAUACACCAUGCUCAAAGGCCAUCUGCGGAAUUGGGAUCUGGUACUGAUACAGAUGUUGCACAAUGGAAUGUAUUACAAUUCAACACAGGCUCAACAACCCCAUUUAUCAUCAAGUGUGGAGCAAAUUCCAAUUCCGAACUGGUUAUCAAAGCAGAUGCAAAGGUUCAGGAACCCAAGGGUGGUGAAAUUGUGAGGGUUGUUCCUAGACCCUCUGUUUUAGAAAAUACGAGCUUGGAUGAAAUGAAACAAAUAUUCUCUGAACUUCCAGAGGCUCUGAGCUUACUUGCCCUAGCCAGGACUGCGGACGGCACCCGAGCUCGGUAUUCCAGAUUGUAUAGGACAUUGGCGAUGAAGGUUCCAUCGCUAAGGGAUCUAGUUGGGGAGCUCGAAAAGGGGGGAGUAUUAAAAGAUGUAAAGUCGUGAAUGCAAAGGGUGUUAGUUUUAUUUUUCUGAUGUUGGAGUGUGUGUGGGGGCUGCGAUUUGCAGGGACAAAGUGGGUGUUGUUGUAAACCUGUGAUUUGACGUGCUUUGUAGGGAUUUGCGGAGUCAAAUGUAUUGGAAGGUGGUGCAACUGUUGAUGCCCCUUGUAUCACAUCUCACGUUGAUAAUAGUGGCAAUUUUAUGCAGGCAUCCAUGAUUUUUGAGUA